AUGGCGACUGCUUCCAUUUCCAGGGCUUCUGCUUCUCAGUGUCACAACUUAUUCCCUCGUUUUUAUGCUCUAAGAAGAGCUAAAUUCCGUGAUUCAGUUUGUCCCUCAAGCCGUGUCGGGAGGAGGAAUGGAAUUCUGGUUUGUUGUGCUCCCCAAACUCCAACAUCAUCGCCACCAUCCACUGCCAUCAGCCCUCCUGCUCUUUCUGGACAAGAGCUGACCUUGUGUUUUGGAUCAUACUCUAUUCCACACCCCAAGAAGGUUGAAAAGGGUGGGGAAGAUGCCUUCUUUUUCAGCGGUUAUAAUGGUGGCGUUAUUGCUGUUGCUGAUGGUGUCUCCGGUUGGGCUGAACAAAAUGUGAAUCCUGCAUUAUUCUCUAGAGAAAUGAUGUCUAGGGUUUCCUCCUUACUUAAGGAUGAGGAGGUCAGCUAUGAUCCGCGGUCUCUUAUGAAGGAUGCACAUGCUGCCACAUCUUCAGUUGGUUCCGCUACUGUAAUCAUUGCAAUGUUGGAGAAAAAUGGGAUCCUGAAGAUAGCUAAUGUCGGCGACUGUGGUUUACGGGUCAUUAGAAGAGGUCAAAUAGCCUUUUCCACGUCUCCUCAGGAACAUUAUUUUGACUGUCCAUACCAACUGAGUUCAGAGGCCGUUACUCAGACAUAUCUUGACGCCAUGGUCUGCAGUGUGGAAUUAGUCAAGGGAGACAUACUAGUAAUUGGUUCAGAUGGGCUUUUUGAUAACGUGUUUGACACUGAGAUUGUUUCGACAGUGGGUACGAGUAAUGAUGUUGGUAAUACUGCAAAGGCGUUGGCUGAACUGGCACGCAGUCAUUCAGUGGAUUUGAGAUAUGAUUCACCCUAUUCCAUUGAGGCCAGAGCUAGGGGAUUUGAUGUACCUUGGUAUAAGAAGAUUUUUGGCAUGAAGUUGACAGGGGGAAAGAUGGAUGACAUUACUGUCGUUGUUGGACGUGUCGAGAGCUUGUGA